GUUGAGUGAUUCAUGUAAAGGGAAAUCCCGUAGCUGAGCGGAGCCGUUGGAUUAAUAGUAAUCAAAACGGCGGAGAAAAGCCAAACCGAUGUGAAGGAAAAAAAGGAAGGAAUAAGAACUGGAAGUUGAAACCCUAAGGGAGAGUUAGGAGUUUGGUAGGGGAUUUUUUCGUUUUUGUUGAAAGAAUAGGAACCUGUGUUUCGAAGCCAGGUGGUGCGGCGAGCAGAGCCGUAGCGCAGAGGCUCUCGCAAGCUGCUGCUCUACCUGAUACAACUACUGCUGCUGCUCUACCUGAUACAACUACUGCUGCUGCAAACGUCUUCGAUAAGUCGCCGUCUACCAAGAUGAAGGGGCUUUUCAAGUCCAAGCCACGAACCCCUGUUGAUAUCGUGCGGCAGACGCGUGAUCUCCUCGUCUAUGCCGGCCGCUCCCCCGAUAAUCGUGAAUCCAAGAGGGAAGAGAAGAUGGCCGAAUUAUGUAAAAAUAUAAGGGAGUUAAAGUCUAUUCUUUAUGGAAAUAGUGAAUCUGAGCCAGUCUCAGAAGCUUGUGCACAGCUGACUCAGGAGUUCUUCAGAGAGGACACGCUAAGGCUCUUGAUCACUUGUCUUCCUAAAUUGAACUUAGAGGCGAGGAAAGAUGCAACUCAAGUUGUUGCAAAUUUGCAAAGGCAACAAGUGCAGUCAAAGUUGAUUGCUUCUGAUUACUUGGAAGCAAACAUAGAUAUUAUGGAUAUUUUAUUAGCAGGUUAUGAAAACACAGACAUGGCUUUACAUUAUGGUGCGAUGUUGAGAGAAUGCAUACGGCAUCAGACUGUUGCAAGGUAUGUUUUGGAGUCACAGCACAUGAAGAAGUUUUUUAACUAUAUACAACUUCCAAACUUUGACAUUGCUGCUGAUGCUGCUGCCACUUUUAAGGAGCUCUUGACAAGGCAUAAGUCCACUGUAGCUGAAUUUCUUUCCAAGAACUAUGAGUGGUUUUUUGCAGAAUAUAACUCAAAGUUGCUGGAAUCUAGCAACUACAUAACAAGAAGACAAGCUGUCAAGCUGCUGGGAGAUAUUUUGUUGGACCGCUCAAAUUCAGCUGUCAUGACGAGAUAUGUGAGCUCAAGGGAUAAUUUAAGGAUUCUUAUGAAUCUUCUCCGGGAAUCAAGCAAGAGCAUCCAAAUUGAAGCUUUUCAUGUUUUCAAGUUGUUUGCUGCGAAUCAGAAUAAGCCUCCAGACAUUGUUAGCAUACUUGUUGCAAAUAAAAGCAAGCUUCUGCGUUUGUUUGCAGAUUUCAAGACUGAUAAAGAGGACGACCAGUUCGAGGCAGACAAGGCUCAAGUCGUGAAAGAAAUUGCUGCCCUUGAGCCUAAAGACCGGCCAUAGUAAGCUAUAGUGUACUGUAAUCUCUUUGGUUUGUUUUUGUAAUAUUAUUAACACAUAUUGACUGUGAAUCAUAUAUAGUGUUCUCCUAGUCUUUUAGAAGGAUGCAUACCAUGUAAAAAAAGGCUCUUCUUUUCUGUUCGCCUUUCUUAGAAUCUGUGUUUAUCAUUA